CAGAGCGCAACCGGGCAACCAGGGAGCUCACUAAAUCUCCCAGCAAAUCCCUUUAGCUGCGAGGCGACAUGGCUUGACUGAUCUCUGCGGGAAGUUUCAGGAAAUGCAACAGGUGGAAGAGCCGAGGGAAUGACCUGUGUACGGCCCUCUCGUUAGCGUCCCAGGCUAGCUGCUGUAUGUACUUGAAGGUGCUUGUGGGCGUCGGACAGGGAAACAACUGCGCAGUCUUUCACACGGUCAGGUGGCACCAUGGAUGACAACAUCCUCAAUGUCUCCAAUGUAAAGGUCGCUGUUCGUGUGCGACCAAUGAACAGGAGAGAAAAAGACCUAAAGACAAAAUGUGUGGUGGAGAUGCAGGGGAACCAGACAGUUCUGCAUCCGGCCAUCACCAACAUGAACAAAGGAGACCCUCGGAGUCAGCCAAAGGUUUUCGCCUAUGACUACUGCUUCUGGUCAAUGGAUGAAUCUCAAAAAGACAAGUUUGCAGGUCAGGAUGUAGUGUUCCAGUGCCUUGGGGAGAGUCUGCUGGACAACGCCUUCAUGGGCUACAACGCCUGCAUCUUUGCUUAUGGACAGACAGGCUCUGGGAAGUCGUACACCAUGAUGGGCUCAGCGGAGCAGCCUGGUCUGAUCCCUCGGCUCUGCAGCUCCCUGUUCAGCAGGACCGUGCAGGAGGCCCGGGAGGGAGAGAGCUUCACCGUGGAGGUCUCCUUCAUGGAGAUUUACAACGAGAAGGUCCGAGACCUGCUCGACCCCAAAGGAAAUCGCCAAGCGCUGAGAGUGAGAGAGCACAACGUUUUUGGGCCUUAUGUUGAUGGCCUGUCUCGCCUGGCUGUGGCCAGCUACAAGGACAUAGAGUCUCUGAUGUCAGAGGGAAAUAAAUCUCGUACGGUGGCAGCAACAAAUAUGAAUGAAGAGAGCAGCAGGUCCCACGCCGUGUUCAACAUCAUCCUCACACACACACUCAUGGACCUACAGUCCGGGACGAGUGGAGAGAAAGUGAGCAAGCUGAGCCUUGUGGAUCUGGCCGGCAGCGAGCGGGCAGCCAAGACUGGAGCAGCAGGGGAACGGCUGAAAGAAGGGAGCAACAUCAAUAAGUCUCUCAGCACUCUGGGUUUAGUUAUUUCAGCCUUGGCUGACCAGGGAGCAGGGAAGAACAAGAACAAGUUUGUUCCCUACAGAGACUCUGUGCUGACCUGGCUGCUCAAGGACAGCCUGGGAGGGAACAGCCGCACGGCCAUGGUCGCCACCAUCAGCCCUGCUGCAGACAACUAUGACGAGACACUGUCCACCCUGCGUUACGCCGACAGGGCCAAGAGCAUCGUCAACCACGCCGUCGUCAACGAAGACCCCAACGCCAGGAUCAUCAGAGAACUCCGUGAGGAAGUGGAGAAGCUGAGAGAGCAGCUCACAGAGGCCGAGUCUAUGAAGGCCCCCGAGCUGAAGGAGCGGCUGGAGGAGUCUGAGAAACUGAUCCAAGAAAUGACAGUCACCUGGGAGGAUAAACUCAGGAAGACUGAGGCUAUUGCACAGGAGCGUCAGAGGCAGCUGGAGAAUCUGGGCAUUUCCCUGCAGUCCUCUGGAAUCCGAGUGGUGGAUGACAAGUGUUUCCUGGUCAACCUUAACGCUGACCCUGCCCUCAACGAGCUGCUGGUCUACUACCUGAAGGAGCACACGCGUGUGGGCUCAGCAAACUCACAGGACAUCCAGCUGUGCGGAAUGGCCAUCCAAGCUGAGCACUGCGUCAUCGACAUUACCGAGAGCAACGGCGUGAUGCUCAGCCCUCACCGCAACGCCCGGACAUGUGUGAACGGUGCUGCAGUCACCAGUCCAGUCCAGAUUCACCACGGUGACCGAAUCCUGUGGGGAAACAACCACUUCUUCAGGAUCAGCCUGCCGAGGCAUAUGGUCCACGCAGGAGGUGAGGAUGAGGAGGGCGGCGCUGCGAUGAAGACGUGUUUGAGCACCGACCGGCUGGAGGUGGACUUGGAUGCGUCCAGUGACGUGUCGAGCGAGCUGAGCUUCGGCUAUGAGUUUGCCCAGGCCGAAGUCAUGAUGAAAGGCAUGGGCAACAAUGACCCCUUGCAGUCAGUGUUACAGACCCUGGAGAGGCAGCACGAGGAGGAGAAGCGCUGCGCCCUGGAGCGACAGAGGCAGAUGUACGAACAGGAGCUGCAGCAGCUCCGUCGGCGACUUACUCCUGAGAAACCCUCCCACCUCCUGGACCCUACGGGCCUGCUGCCCGGCGCUGCAGCUGCUGUAAUGGCACCCAUCUCCCACAAACGCAUGCGGCGCUGGAGCGAGGACAGAGAAGCAAUGAUGACUCGCAGCCUGCGGCGUCUGAAGGAGCAGAUCGUUCGGGCCAACCUGCUGGCACAGGAGGCUGGCUUUAUAGCCGAGGAGCUUAACAAGAGGACAGAGUACCUAGUCACUCUGCAGAUACCUGCUGCCAACCUGGAUGCCAACAGGAAGCGUGAUGCAGUAUUGAGCGAGCCUGCCAUCCAGGUUCGUCGUAAAGGUAAAGGGAAGCAGAUCUGGGCCCUGGAAAAGAUGGAGAACAGGUUGGUGGACAUGAGGGAGCUCUACCAGGAGUGGAAGGACUUCGAUGAAGACAACCCUGUGAUGCGGUCCUAUUUCAAGCGUGCCGACCCGUUCUUCGAUGAACAGGAGAACCACAGUCUGAUCGGUGUGGCCAACGUUUUCCUGGCCUGCCUGUUCUACGACGUCAAGCUGCAAUAUGCAGUGCCCAUCAUCAACCAGAAGGGAGAGGUGGUAGGUCGGCUGCAUGUGGAGCUGUGGCGGGGUACAGAGGGCUCUGAGGAGGAAGGUCCAGGACUGUUUGACGCUCAGCAGAACAUCACAGAUGGAGACCAACAGGAGCGCAAGCUGGACUGUGUGGUGAAAAUCCUCCAGGCCAAUGGUCUUCCUCGCCACCUGUCCAACUUCGUCUUCUGUCAGUACCACUUCUGGGGGCAAGAGGAGCCGGUGUUCAUCGCUCCAGAGGUGGUGCCAUCCAGCUCGUCCUCCGCCUCCAGAGACCCUCAGUGCACUGUGGUCUUCGACAGCGCCAAGGAGUUGUCGGUGACAGUGUCGGAGGAGUUUGUGGAAUUUUUGGCCGAGGGAGCGGUGGCCAUUGAAGUGUACGGCCACAAGCAGGCCAACCACCGCAGGAACCUGGCACUGUGGGACCUGGGAGUGAUUCAAGCCAAGACCCGGUCCCUCAGAGAAAGGUGGAGCGAGGUGACCCGCCGGCUGGAGUUGUGGGUGCAGCUGAUGGAGCUGAACGAGGCAGGAGAGUUCACAGCUGUAGAGGUCCUUCCUGCUAAAGACGUACGCACAGGAGGAAUCUUCCAGCUCCGACAGGGUCAGUCCCGUCGGGUCCAGGUGGAGGUGCGUUCAGUACCGGACUCAGGCACCAUGCCCCUCAUCACCACCUCCAUCCUCUCCGUGUCCAUCGGAGACGUCAAGGUCCGACAGACGCGUCCCUCCAAAGGCAGCGAAUCACAAUGGGCUGAGGAUGAAGACAUGGACAGCUACCAAGAGGUGGACCUGGAGAGGAUGAGGGAACAGUGGCUGGACAUUCUGACUCAGAGGCAGGAGUAUCUGGACCAGCAGCUACAGAAGAUAGUUAGCAAACCAGAUAAGUCAGAGGACGACGUUGAGAGGGAGUCCCAGCUGCUGGAGUGUCGCCUGACGCUCACCGAGGAACGCAACGCCGUUCUGGUGCCAUCGGCUGGCAGUGGCAUACCAGGAGCGCCGGUCGAGAGGGUUCCUGUCUCUGGAAUGGAAACGCACAUCCCUGUCCUGUUCCUGGAUCUCAGUGCUGAUGAUUUCCAGUCCAAUCUUUCAGCCCCAUUGGCCGGGGGGUUGGAUGCACUACUCAGUGGGGAGGAUGACGACGACUUAUUUGACCUUCAUAUUGUUAAACACUACGAUCCAGAGGUGAAGGUGGAGGCCUCCUGGGACUCGACGGUCCACGAGUGUCCCCAGCUGAGUCGCGUGACAUCGGCUGACCAGAGGGUUUACCUGACAGUCAGCACGGUGGUUCAGCUGAGCCACCCGGCCCACAUGCAGCUGCUACUCAGGAAACGCAUCUGUGUCAAUGUCACCGGGAGACAGGGUUUUGCUCAGAGUCUGCUGAAGAGGAUGUCUCAGCGCAGCACCAUCCCCGGCUGUGGAGUCACCUUUGAAAUUGUUUCUAACAUCCCGGGGGACAUCCACGGUCCAGAGGACAGGGAGAUGUUGGCCAGGCUGGCUGCCAGCACUGAGGACGACCAAUCAGCUGACAGCGAGGCGGCUAUAGAGAAAUACCUCCGCAGCGUCCUGGCUGUGGAGAACAUCCUCACUUUGGACAGACUCAGACAGGAGGUGGCUGUGAGGGAACAGCUGGCAGUCAAAGGGAAAUCUCCCAGACGCUGCCUGAGCUCCCCAAACAUCAACCGGCUGUCAGCCAGCAGUCUGGAGCUCUACUCCUCCACUCAUAAGCUCAAUGACUUCAAGGGCUGGGAGAGCCAUCAGGACCUUUCUGUGGCGCCUCCUUCAUCUAGACGCACACUGCCCAGCUCCAUAUCCCAGCACCUGAACCCAGAGACAGUGCAUUCAGGCUUUGCUGCGUCUCAUCUCCCUCCAGUGAAGGCCGUACCCAAGCUGCUGAAGUCACUGCUUCCUGGUGGGAAGGAAGAUGAUAGCGUCCAGACAGCUGUCCAUCAGCAGAGUUUGCCUCGCAUCAUGGUGCAGUCAGCCAGCGUUGAAGAGGGCAUGAGCAAACCGCAGCAGCCAGUUCCGAUUGAGGAAAUCAUUCCUCCCGACCUCCAAAUAGAGGGCCCCAGAUCCGUGCCCCUACCACCACCAAUCAUCCCGGAGACAGACGACUCUAUCCCCAGCCCGAGCGAAGCAUCGAGCGGAUACAUCUCCACUAGCAUAUCUACAGCAACUCUGUCAGACGUCUACACCCUGAGCUGGGACCUGCCUCCGUCAUCCCGCAGCAGAGCCGACAGCUUUGACGCUGUGCCAGAUGACGAUGAAGAGAACAACAAAGUGACUUAUCCUGAAUCUUUUCUUGUGGACCAAUCAGACUAUCAGGAGUCACUGCUGGUUUUGGACAGUAAGGCAGAUGAAGAGAGAACUGACUCCACGCCAUCCAAAGCAUACGAUACUGAAUCAGAACAAGAACCAGAUCAGUCUCCAUCAGUCCAGUUGAAGGAACAAGAAGAACCUGAUUCAGUUGCAGAAUUAGACUUACCACGCCAGACCAAACAAAAGCCAGACUCAACAAUUGACCACAUUGGAUCAGAACAAUUAGACAAUUCGGAACCACUUAAAGAUUCUUUGUUAGUCGAAGAGAAUAAAACCAAACAGACAGAAGUUUCACAAACAGAACCCUCAGAACUCGAGGUCGCUGCCACUGAUGAAGAAGAAGCUGAUCUGUCACAAGCGUAUGCACAAGAAGAUCAAAGCCAGUCUGAAACUGUCGUCCGUCAGCCGCAGCAGCCCAAACAAGACCAAACAACCUUCAACAGUGCUCAAGAUCCAGCUCCAAAUCCGAUCCCGCCUGUGUCUGAACUCUCGGUUCCAGCUCCUGCCUCAUCUGAAGAUCUGGUUCUUCAAGGAACAUCAGAGGAACAGGCAACUCCUGAGAUCUCAAACCCAAAUGGCACCUCCAUCCCAACUUCAUCCUCAACCACUGAUGAAGUCCAACAGAACGCAGCUGCCAGUGUGUCUCCAAAGGCCACCACAGCUCCAGAUCCUUCUCUGUUCAGUGGUAAGCCUUCCAAACCUGAUGUCUCAGUAGCAAACCCCUUCAAGAUCCAGAAAGUGAAGUCUUCAGACCUCAAAUCCUUUCAUCGUAUUCUGGGCGAGGAGGAGGACAAGCCCGCGCAGGUGGACCGGGCCAGCAGCCUUGGGACAGGACUCAACCUCUCUGUGCCGAUGGAAAGCCUGGAAAUUAUCUCUGACUCUGAGGAAGGAGAUGCAGCCACUAAUACCGUUCUUCCUGACUGGCUGAAAGAAGGGGAGUUUGUGACCGUGGGCACCAAUAAAAGCGGCACCGUGCGUUACGUUGGACCCACAGAUUUUGCAGAGGGUACCUGGGUGGGAGUGGAAUUGGAGGUACCAGCAGGGAAGAAUGAUGGUUCAGUGGGUGGCAAGCACUAUUUCCACUGUAACCCUGGUUACGGAGUGCUCGUAAGGCCGGACAGGGUGAGCCGGUGUAGCGCUAAGCGCCGUCGCCAGCAUCAGCAGCAAAAGCGCCGUAGUGCCAACCUGUCUGGAUCCAGCCCGAACCUGGCAGCCCUCACCGCUCUGGCCAAAGGUGAAGGUGGCGGGGCAUCGAGCGGCCGCAGCAGAGGAGAGAACCGCAAGUCGUGGAACACUUGAGAGGCUCAGUAUCUGCUAAUUGGCUUAUUGCCGGACACCCACUCACCCAUCACCCACAUGCUGCAGCUGGUUGAUGUGAUUAUAGGGUACGCUUUCAGAAAGAAUGACAAUACAGUGUUUUAUUUGGGCAGAUCUGCUACAGGCUUCACUGUAUCUGGUGUUGACACAAGAUGAGUCACUCUGUGCUCCUCUGUUGGUAGACGGAACCGUCUCACACAUCAUCUGUUUAAGGACUGUAUCCCUACCUAAUGUACUUAGUAAUUGAAAACUACAGACAAAUAUUGAAUGUUUUAUCAGAAAAUGUGAAUGUUUUUACGUAUGUAGAUGCAAAUAACCAUUUUUUGGUGGAUGUCUGAUUUUGGUUACACAACACCUUCCUGUGCUCAUAUUUCCACUGUUAUGUAUUAUGCAGCUGCAUGUCUGGAUAGACUUCCAAGUGUCGUAAAUUGCUCUGUACCUACAGGUAUUGUCUGAUUGGAUGCUGUUUUGUUUUUAUUCUUGUGCCUUGAAAUAUUACGACUACUACUCAGCAAAUGUGCCUUAGUGAUAAACCACCAAAUGAUGUGCUGCUGGUAGGUUGAAAACAUUUACCUGGAGCUUAUUUCAGCUCUUGAAUGUGUAUUUCUACUGUUUCGGAAAACAAAACUUGCACUCCUUUUUCUGACACAAACUACUGAAAUUUUACAUUUUUAAUCAGCUUCGUCUCCAUGUCAGUGUGUCAAUUGAUUGGAAGUGACUUUUUUUCGCUAGCAAAUUUAGAAUUAUAGUGAGUGUGUGUGUGUGUGUGUGUGUGUAUGGGAACCCAUUGAUUUGAACAAGAUAUAAGGAUACUUGAGGGACUGUUGGUUGUAAUGCAUUUAGUAUUAAUUUUUGUCUGGUAAAUAGGAUAUUUUAUACUUGUGCAUUCAAGUUGAUCUUUUUGACUGCCUCACUGCUUAUUUAUUUAAAAAUGAAGACAUGAUAUUGAUAAUGAAAAGCAAAAUCAACUUUUUGUAUUGUCAAAUAAAUUUCAUUCUGCUGCCGUCA